CCGCUACUUGUCACCGCUGUCGCUCUCCGCCUGCGCGUCCGUGGUGAAUUGGUCCAGCAUCACCUCGCCGGCUAUGGGGCAAAGAAAAAUCUAAAACCAAUUCACGCCUUUUUUACGUGAAAAGAUGUAGUUGCUGGACAAGUUUUCGGCGCGCAGCCGCUGGCAAUGACGCAUGGGAAACACAGCAGACUGGAUUUUGCGCUCUGUGGAGGACGGACCGAUGCAUUAAGACAAACAAUGCGGAGUAUUUUCCCACAAAGGUGUUAACGCAGAAUUUCAAGAUGAAGAAGCAAUUCAACCGGAUGCGACAGCUCGCCAACCAAACGGUUGGAAGGGCAGAAAAGACAGAGGUGCUGAGUGAAGAUCUUCUUCAGGUGGAGAAGCGUUUGGAUCUGGUCAAACAGGUGACUCACAGCACCCACAAGAAGCUCACCGCCUGCUUGCAGGGUCAGCAGGGGACUGAAACUGAAAAGAAAUCUGUCAAGUCACCUUCGAAAAAACUGCCGCUCACAAUGUUGGCACAGUGCAUGGAGGAGGGAGCAGCAGUGUUGGGGGAUGACUCUCUCCUGGGAAAGAUGCUGAAGCUGUGUGGGGAGACAGAAGAGAAGCUGGCUCAGGAGCUCCUUCAGUUUGAGGUGCAGAUAGAAAGAGAUGUGGUGGAGCCUCUCUAUGUGCUUGCUGAGGUCGACAUCCCCAAUAUACAAAAGCAGAGAAAACAUUUGGCCAAACUAGUUUUAGACAUGGACUCGGCUCGGACAAGAUAUCAACAGUCAUCAAAGUCAUCCAGUCACCCAAGCACCUUACAGCCUGGUGCCAAGUCUGAGUCGCUGAGAGAAGAAAUGGAGGAGGCAGCAAAUCGGAUGGAGAUUUGUAGAGAUCAAUUGUCAGCAGAUAUGUACAACUUUGUGGCCAAAGAAAUAGACUAUGCAAACUACUUCCAGACAUUGAUAGAAAUGCAGGUGGAAUAUCACAAGAAGUCAUUAGAAAUUCUUCACGGUGUCUUGCCACAGAUUAAGGCUCACCAAGAGGCGUGGGUGGAGAAGCCAUCAUUUGGCAAGUCUUUGGAGGAACACCUGAAUAUUAGUGGGAGAGAGAUUGCCUUUCCCAUAGAAGCUUGUGUCACCAUGUUGUUAGAGUGUGGCAUGCAGGAGGAGGGUCUGUUCAGAGUGGCCCCGUCAGCCUCCAAGUUGAAGAAACUAAAAGCCUCCCUGGACUGUGGAGUUAUUGAUGUACAGGAGUACUCCUCCGACCCACAUGCCAUUGCAGGGGCUCUAAAAUCAUACCUCCGUGAGCUCCCCGAGCCUUUGAUGACCACUGAACUUUAUGAUGAAUGGAUUCAGGCCUCCAAUAUUCAAGAUAUGGACAAGAGACUACAAGCACUUAUGGGAGUUUGUGAAAAACUUCCCACAGACAACCUGAACAAUUUCAGAUACCUAAUCAAAUUUCUGGCCAAGCUGAGUGAUUAUCAAGACUCCAAUAAGAUGACUCCUGGGAACGUGGCCAUUGUCCUUGGACCUAACCUGUUGUGGACCCACACUGAGCCGAACAUGACAGAGAUGAUGACCACUGUCUCUCUGCAGAUUGUUGGCAUUGUAGAGCCUAUCAUUCAGCACGCUGACUGGUUCUUUCCAGGAGAGAUUGAAUUCAACUUGACAGGCAGCUACGGGAGUCCGAUUCACACCAAUCACAACUCCAACUACAGCUCCAUGCCCUCACCAGACAUGGAACAGUCUGACCGCAAACAGCAGCAUGAUCAGAGUCGUCGCCCGCUGAGCGUCGCUACUGACAACAUGAUGCUGGAGUUUUACAAGAAAGAUGGCAUUAGGAAGAUUCAAAGUAUGGGCGUCAGAGUUAUGGAUACCACAUGGGUGUCUCGCAAAGGCUCGUCCACGCUGACACGCAAGCCUUCCUCCACCCCUCCAGGCAUGCAGGGACCUGGCUCUCCAGCAGACACUCUCAUCCCGGAGCAACCUGGAGAACUCACCAUUUCUCCCUCUGCCACACCUCCACCUGCAGAAAGGCUCUGCUCAGACAACAUGUCGCCCAAUCGGUUGGACACCUUUCAUGCCCACCCACCCUGUGGGGAAGACCGCCCACCCCCACCUUACCCUUCCUCCACUUGCCACUCAGGCCCCCAUCACUUCUACCCCAAACCCCCGCCAUGCACUCGCCCUGUGGCCCCAGGCCCUGAGUCCCAGCCUCCCGCCUCACCCCCACCCCCACUGCGGUGGUCUGGCUUUACGCCCCCUGCCCCACCUCCUUCUUCCUCCUCCUCUUCCUCCUCCUCAUCACUUGAUAUCAAUUCAAAUCCAAAACCCAGCUGUCUGCACUUUACAAAGCACACCGCACCUGGUGAGGUGUCACAUGCCCCCCCACCAGACACAAACGCUUCACCGCUUUAUGUCAAAACCCCCUUGGUACUGACACGCCAUGACCAGACCCUGGGCAAUCCACCUAGUCUCCCUUCGUCUGUGCCCCCGCCCCCACCAUGGGCUGCCUGUCCAUGUGCCCGAGAGAGAGGACCCCCCAGGCUGACUAGUACACUGAAGAGUAAGGAACUUUCCCCUGUAAUUGGACACAAACCCAUUCAGGUUCCAGGUCCUGUAGCCCCUCCCAGCUGUAGUCCACAGAGCAGCAGCCAGUCCCCCCUCUCUACAGAGCACAGUCCACACACUCUGCGCAAAGGUUCUAAGAAAUUGGCUCCUGCGCCACCCAAAGUCCCAUACGGGCAGUCUGGAGGGAUGUCCGACCAGUCCACCAGUCAGCCAUCACCUGUUAGCCUUUCUCCAACACCUCCUAGCACACCCUCCCCUUAUGGACUCACCUGUCCACCAGGGCAAGUACCCCCCUCCUCCCCUGGGCAGACUCCACUCGGGGCCCUCCACUCGCUUUCGUCCCCACCCUCUUUAACUGGAACGCUCACCAAGUCACGGCCAGCCCCAAAGCCCAGGCAAAGACCAAGCUUACCCCCUCCUCAGCCGCCCACAGUUCCCCCAGGGAUGCCUGGCAUGGCUACAUCAGCAGUUUCUCAGCCUCUGGAGCAGGGCCUUCUGGAUGGGCUUUCACCUGGAGAAAGCAUGUCUACAGAUAUCUUCAAUUAUGAAAUCCCCUCCAUCAAUGUCAAUCUGGACAGCCUCAUCGAUGAGUUCAGCGGCGCCCCCUGCAGGAGGUCCCUGGCAGUGACAGACUCUCCAGAAGGGGAUGCUCUGGCUGAGGAGGAGCCCCAGAGCACCAUCCUAUGACCUAUGACCCUGAGGCAUCCUUUACCAGCAACUCCCCGCUUCUACACACAAACAUAUACACCUCCUUCAUGGCUAAACAUGCUCUUCUUAACUGUUGCUGAAGCUCAUAUUUUACAACAGCUCGCUAUAAAAUUCAUGUGACUCCAAAAACACAAAAAUGCCAUGGAGGAACAGUUGCCUUUAAGAAGAAAGACUGGAACACAGAUAAGUAUUAAAUUGCAUACGAUUUUUUUUUAACUGCUUUGUCCAUUUUUGUUUUGUGUUGUUUUUUUAAUCAUUUUUGCCUUAUUAGAACAAAAGUUAGAACACAUCAUAAAAGUUUAAAACCUGACAUUGUUCAGCACAAAGCUCAUUCUCAGGCGCAGCCUGGUUUUAUUGCUCACAGGGUAUUGAAGCUUUCUGCACAGUAAAAAUAAAACUUUUGACAUGAAAAUACAAGCUUUGCAUGCACAAUUAGAAAUAUUGUUGAUGUAACCUUAACCUGCUAUGUUUUAUUAUCCUUUUUUUUUUUCGUCAGACAUUUCUCUUUGUAUAGAUCUGCUCACUUGUUACUGUACCUGCACAGAUGAUAAGAAUGUUAAUGUAGAUUGUGCUUCUGUACUUCUAUCCUUCUUUUGUUUGAGAAAAAAAAACUUAUUUUUUUAAUUUAUUUUUUGCAUGACAAGUCAAUAAGAUCUACCUGCUUUUGCUUCAAGGCCUCAGAAUAGCAGUGCUUUACUUUCUGUGUGUUGUUUAUUCCCCCCACCCUGAGAGCAAGCGUACAACCUGCUUGUUUCUUUGUCAGUUAUCUCUGAUUAUGAAUGGAUGACUACACUGACUUUCUGUUCAUGUGAUUUUUUUUUCUUAACUUAAUUUUAAGUGCUUCAGGUUUGGUUAUAUUCAGCCCAAAAUGUAAAUACAACUGUACAUUUACUGAUGUAUAUAAAGUUGAGAGGAAACGUUUAUGUGAAAUGCAUAUCUUGAGAAUAUAAUAAUUAUAAUACAUGUGCUGAUAUUUAUUGUGUAGAAAAUGUAAUGAUAAAGAAAUCAAUGUUAUUUUUGUCCCUGCACACAAUGAACAGAUGUACUGUAGAUUCAUAAUUUUUUACUUUAACACCAGGUUACUACAAUGCUGCAGCAGAGAAGCAGAAAAUUCUUUCUGCUAGAAAUCAGCUAAGGCCUUUUUCAUUUUGUGUCCUGAGCUUUGAGGUUCAGGCACACAGGAGUUUGAGUGACUUGCACAUUAAAACCCUGUGUUAUCCAUUUUUUUUAUUAAUCUCUGAACUGAAGAAUUCUAUUUGAAUGAUCCGAUUUCUCAGCUCCUACAUGGAUCCGUCUCAGCCUUCGCCGUUGGACUAAUUAUGUUCUAACAGGACAAAAUGGAGAAAAAAAUUGAAAACAAUUUCUUUGUUUCCAAGACAACAAAUGAGAGUGCAGCAGCGUCACUUUUGUGUUUGAUACAAAAUGUCUUAAGGCGGUAAUUUUGUCAGUUAAAGUGCAAUUACAGUGUUUACUGAUCCACCUCACUCCAAAAAAAGUCACCUUUUCCAAACAUUCACAAAAGAAGCCAUUAAUUUCAUUGCAAAGCAAUCUUUUGAGUUGUUUUUUGUUUCAAUAAAUAAACGAUCAGUCUCUCCUAAAGGGAUCUAUGGUAUGCUUCAGUGUGUGUUCUCAAUGGAUUAGUUUUAAAGAUUUUGGUGAUGUUGAUUAUCUUAAUAGUUGUGGUAAUUAUAUGACAAUAAUUGCAAGUGCCCUCACUCUGGUUGUUACUUUGGAACUAAAAGGCCUACUAUCUGUGCUGAAUUCAUACAUGUGUACAAGGAGGCAGGUGAUUCUCUGAAUGUGACUAAUGCAAAUUUUUCUUAUUGUGUAAUGAGCAUUGCGGCUCAUGAGAAAUAGUAUUUGAAUGAUGUCAGUAAGGGUGUGUUGGCAUGUUUUUCCUUUUGUUGUUGUUUGUUUUUUUCCCAGAUCAUGGCAAUCUUAGUGCUUUCGUGCAUCAUGUCUGAAACUUGCAGCUAACUAAAGGCAUGCUUUCAUAUUCAUAUUCAGUGUGGUUACCAUGCUGCUAGAAGAAAAACUCCUCUAAGAAAUGGGAGUCAUGAUAUUUCAUUUUUGCUAGGACAAUAACCUGACAGCAAAUGUCAAACAUAUCCAUAGGAGUGAUUGUUUGUACCAAAUGGUUCACCGUUAUAUAGUUUUAUCUUUUUAAUAACUAUUGGCUUUUUUAUCUAUCAUCUUACUAAUGUUGCUUCAGCCCAUUUUAUUUAAGGUUCAAAUCCGAGGAUAAAAGGUUUCAUGCAUGUACUUCGUAGAUAGUCUUUUGAUAGUUCAUGUUUGUGUCAAUCACAAUCUUGAAGGAUUGUUAGGGGGAAUGAAGAGAAGCAAAAAACAAAGAGAUGGGUUUAAGGCAAUGUGAGGGUGCAGUGGGUGGUCCUUUAGCAGGGGGUUUCAGAGCAAUACAGUGAAGGACUGGAAGUUGCCUAUGGAUGUACUGCCUCCUUCUGCUUUCACAACUAUUGUACAAAUAAAAUCUCCCGCUUAUCAAGCCCACCUCCUCUCCCCUUUCUGCUUAGCAUAUCGAGUUGAACACAGUGUGUACUGUGAAGCCUUCCUGCAAUCCUUAUCAGAAUGUCAGAACUAAAUAUAUAUAUAUUAAACUUUACAUUUUUAAUAAUCAUA